CGAACUGCGCAACUCUGACAGUAGCCUCACCAGGAUCGGCGCCGGGCAAAACCCUGCUGCGCCUUUUUGCCGGAGCACCCUAGAGCACUUGUUCGGUGAACUCAGCCAUGGCACACAGCGUUCUUCUCGUCCUCUUCCUUGCAGCCACCGCCCAUCAAGGGCUGGCCAUCAAGUGCUACCAAUGCACGUCCAAAAGCAACCCGGAGUGCGCCAACCCCUCGAUGAUGGGAGAACUGAAGGCGUCCGAGUGCACACCGAGCAUGCAGUGGUCUGCCAAGUCUCUGAAUGACGUUCUGCCCCAGGGAGUGAACAAGUUCCUGGACAGCGUGACCUCGUCCAUCGGCUCUAUUGCCCAAAACAUCCCCGUCGAGAUGGUCUGCAUGAAGACCAACAUUAAAUCCGGUGACGAAACGGUGAUCAUGCGUCACUGUGCGGCCGCGAUCACGUCAAACGACGGCACCCCCAAGGGCUCGGGCGUGUGCGAACAGGUGAAGAAGGCCGCCGACGGCAAGGCCGAGUACUGCGGGGUGUGCGACACGGACGGGUGCAACAGCGCCCCCUCCAUCAGGUCCUUCGGGUUCGUCCUUCUCGCCCCACUAAUCGCUCUUUUCUACAAGUUAGCCUAAAUAGCAGCAUGAGAAGCUUUCUUUGUACCAAUAUAUAAUACUUAUAUGAUAAAGAAUAAGAAAAGAGAAACGACCGUUGUUCACGCAGGCAGAAUUUGUAGUGGCUGAGAUGGAUAUUAUUUUCCAGAUACAAAUAAUAAAAAGUAGUGUGACAAUUUAAGAGAUUUUUUUAAGAAUGAAGCAGACUUUAGAUUUUUUUGAUGAAAUCAAUUUUUUGCAUAUAUUUUCUAAUUUUUUUGAUACUUUUUAGACUUUUGAGUAAUCUUUUCUAUAUAUUAUACAACUACGCACACUCGCUAAAAUUUACUCAAGGAAAACCAGGAGGCUGCGUACACUCUACUCACGCGGCGUAUUUUCUGAUUCUCCAGUUGUUUACCUCCAACACAAUACACCACAUUUAUAAAUAUAUAUUUACUGUAAAACAAAACUAGUUCAAGAGCAUAAAAAGCUUUCUUGAUGUGCAUUCUUGAUUAAAAGUAUAUACAUUGAUGGCAGUUAUUCAGACGAUUUCGCAUUUCUUGUGCAUGCAGUGUAGGUAAAGGGUCUCGGCAGAAUGCGUAAGUAGUGGAACUGAUUAAUGAUGAUAUUAAUAAUACGAAGAAAAAGUAUUAAUGAUGAUAUUAACGUUUUUUGCAAUAAAUGGCUUGAGAGUUGAGUUGUGACAAGAUUGAAACUAAAUAAAAAUAAAUAUAACUACGG